AUGACGUCGAAUGAGGGAUUUCUACGCGACAUCAUUUUCAAUCCAUCAAAAUCUGUAACCUAUCGUCCGAUUCCGAACAAACAAAUGGCUGAAGUUGCGAUCACGAACAAUGAAAAAACCGCAAUCAUCUAUAAAUGGAAAUCCACUCGUCCCGGGUUGUACAAAAUGCGGCCAGUUUAUGGUGUGCUUGGACCUGGUGACAAAAGCAGUGUGAACCUCUUUUGCAAAGGUGUCAAAGAUGCGCAAAAUGCGCCGAUUACGGAUAGAUAUACGUGUGUUUUGGCGGCAUCGCCGAGUGCGAAUGUGAAUCCGGAGAGUAUUUGGAGCAAUCACAAGUAUCAGCAGAAAUUGGCGCAGACGGGGAAAUUGAGGAAGAUCAAGUUGAUGAUUGUUUAUCAGGGGGUGAAUGAUAAGGAGAAGGAGAAGAAUCAGACGGAGGAGUGUGAUGAGGAGAAUGAGAAGGAUCGAGUUGGCAAAAUGAGACAGAAGAAGAAGGCGGAUGGGAAGGCGGAGGAGAAGGCGAAGGAUACGAGAAAGGUGUGCGAAAUUUCGAAAAAUCGAGAGUUUAGACGCUGAAACCUAGCUUAAACGCGAUUUUCAUGCAAAUCUAAUAGCAUAGGGUUGUUCAGCAGUGUCGAUUAUAUAAAUUGUGUAAUCGACCAUGCUCAACAACCCUUUGUUAUCAGAUUUGUAUAAAAAACAUUUUGAAGCUUGGUUUCAGCGUCUAAUUGCAAUUUCUGCGAAGAUGAGAAUUUUGCCACGUCAUAACUCAUAACAGGCAAUUUUAGACAGUGAAAUCGUGAUCAGCGGGUCAAAAACUACUAAUCUCAUCAUCUUCCAGAAAGCCACUCUUGUCAUGUUCACACGAAAAGAUGGCGAUUCAGCAAGUGGCGAAGACGAUGGACCGGAUGACACUGCAAUCACUGCACCCCAGCAACAAGUUCAGUGGAUGAAUCUAUUGAAACCUGUCGCUGACGCUGGUGUCUAUCAAAAUAAGCAGAUUGCAAACAAUCCACAACCAAUUCCUGGACAUCCUGGUGCAAUUGCGGCGGCUGCGAAAUCCAAGUCGAAGACUAAUUUGGCACCAGCACCGGCUGCUCCUCGUCCGCCACCUCCAGCGCAAUCUCCAGCACCGCCAGCUCCAGUUUCCGCUCCAAUUUCUGCAGCAACAACAAGUUCUGCUGCUUCUGCAGCUCCACCAGUUGCUGCGAAAUCAUCGAAUGCAUCGCUCACCAAAGGCACUGGAGCUGCACCAACUUCUGUUGCUCUUGGUGUCGCUGGAACUGCUGAUAAUGUGCCGAUAGCUGCCAAAUCGUCGGCAACAAAUGCGCCGAUCGGAGUCAAAUCUUCGGGAACUAGUGGAAUGCAGGCGGCGCCUGAAAAACAAGCUUCACAGACUAACCAGCAACAACCGAAAGAUCCGAAAUCGAUUUUCUAG